AUGGCCGACCUCGACCCUUCCAAGCUCACCUCGACCUCCCAGAUCUUCUCGACGAACCACACCCUCCCCCAGAUCCGCGCUAUUCACAAGAACCUCCAUGUCGCCAUCGAAGAGAAGUCUACCCGUCUGCGUACGCAGGUCGGAAGCUCGUACCGCGAUCUCCUAGGCACGGCUGACACUAUCGUCCACAUGCGUGAUGACAACGAUGUCGUCCAGGAGCUACUAGGCAAGAUGGGUGGUCGUUGCGGGAGAGCUAUAAUCGGUGCCAAAGCAACAGGGCUUUCCAAGUUUGUGGCUAGGGAGAACAAUUCAGAAGCGUCCAUUGCUGCGCGACUGCGUCUGCUUGACGCCUGCGUCCUGGUUGUUGGGCGAAUACUGAAAGGUGGAGGCGGGUUUGGCGACAACGUCAAGAAGGGAGAUAGACUGGUGCUAUCAACCAAGGUUCUCGUCCUCAGUCGACUUUUGAUCAAGAAUCUUUCGGAAGAUGCAACCGACGCGAGCAGUCUUCGUGCUAUCGAGACGGCCAAGGCAUCCAUCAGCAAGCUACGACGAAGACUCUUGAGGAACGUUGAGAAGGUCUUUGAGAGGGCGGGUGAUGAGACAGAGAGGGAGGAUGUGCAGAAAGCGCUCUGCGCCUACAGCCUGGCAACCAGCUCUGGAGCAAGAGAUGUGCUACGGCAUUUCCUCCAUGUGAGAGGCGAGGCAAUGGCGCUUUUAUUCCAAGUGGAGGAGAGUAACCGCAAGAGAAGCGCCGACGAUGUCAUUCAGAGUCUCAAGCUCUUCUCCAGAACACUAUUGGAUGUCCAGGCUCUGGUGCCAGGAAGGCUCUCGUUGGCCUUGGCUGGGCUCAAGAACAAUCCUCUCUUGGCUGAUCCCAGUCUGAAGCGACUUGAAGGUCUACGGUUGGACGUCUACGAGCGCUGGUGUGGCGAAGAAAUCCAAUACUUCACACCUUACAUUCGACACGAUGAUCUUGAUGGCAGCCAUGCCCGAGAUAUGCUAUCGGCCUGGUCCGAGAAGGGGUCCGAGGUGUUGCUUGAUGGGCUCAAGAAGACCCUGGACACGAUGUCGGAGUUCAAGAUGAUCAUGGAACUGCGAACGAACGUUUUGGAACUCUGGAUCCGAGAUGGCGCAAAGGCACGAGGCAUUGACCCGUCUGAGAUGCAGGAUGCCCUUCGUGACGCAAUCAACGCACGCAUGUUAGUUGUACUCGACAACAAGGUUAGCAAGCUCCGUCUAGUCGGGUCCGAGGUUUCUGCAGCUCUGGGACGAUGGAAAGACGGCAUCACAGAUGAGCACGUCAGUAUCUGGGACGAGGAAGGCUACGACGCAGCUCUCGCAGGCGGUGCCGCGCCUUUCGUCCAGGAGGUUGUGUCCCGACUCUAUGGCCGAAACGACGCCGUAUCCAAGGCGGCGCAUUGCUACAAGUCAUGGUACCAUGUGAUAGACGACGUCAAGGAUGUCGUGGAGCAGCUCAGGAGGCAGCGCUGGGACAAUGACUAUGACGAGAUUGAGGACGAGGAGACGAUCGAAUCCAGGCAGAAGCUGCUAAGCAAAGAUGACCCGCAGAUGCUGCAGGAGAAGCUCGACACGACUCUCGACAGGUCAUUCAAGGAGCUCGAGGACCAGAUCCAGAAGCUAUGGGACGAACGGGCUGGGUCAGCGCGGAACGGCAAGGUGGCCAUGUACUUCCUCCGUGUUCUCAGAGACAUCCGUCAUCAGCUGCCUCAACGCCCGUCGAUCAAGACCUUUGGAUUGGCCAUUGUGCCUUCGCUCCACGAAAAGAUCUCAGUAGCAGUGUCCUUGCCUGCACUAGAUGAGUUCUCUGCCCAUGGGGUCUCCCAACGGAUUGUGGUAGGGCGUCCACUCUGGGAAGGGGAGCCGGCCUUGCCUAACCAGCCGUCGCCAGAACUCUUCCAGUUCCUUCGAUCAUUGUCGUUGGCCAUGUCAGAGGAGGGUGUGGACCUGUGGACCAAGGCCGCUACGUCUGUUCUCAAGAAGCAUUUGAGUCAGCGGCUCUGCGAGAUGUGGGAUGCUGCCUUGACAGAGAUUUCAUCUAAGGACACACCCAAGGAGGAGCCCGCCAAGGACAAUGAUGAUGAUGACGAUGACGACGACGAGGAAGAAAAGGAGGAAGAUGCAACGGAGAAAGAGGAGGAUACCAAGGAUGUCGGCAAGGACCAGGCAUCCGGCCUAACCCCCGAGCAAAAGGCAGACCUCUUUACCCAGUGGCUCUUUGACAUUGCUCUCCUGAAGCGAUGCAUUGGCAGUAUAGAGGAGACAAGCAGCGCUCUCCAAGAUCUUGAGGACAAGAUGUACGAACAUUCCAAGCUGGACGAUGAGGCAGCACGGCAGCGGCUCACCAAAUCGGCCAACGAAUUUUGGCAACGAACCCAUUUGUUGUUUGGUCUGCUCGCAUAG